AUGUUGAAUAGAACUUUAAUAACUGACGAUCCUGAAGCACAACGAUUUAUAAAUCUUUCUUAUGUUACAAAUACAGAAAAAAUACCUCAAAAUGGUUACAUCAUUUUUUUUAUUGGAUGGUUUUCUAAAAAAGAUGGAAAACCAUUUAAAGUUGAAUCAGUACAUAAUUAUGGUAAAAUGAAAUCAUUACAAAAUGAUGGAUAUAGUGAUAUAGACAAAAGUAAUUUGCUUACAUUAGAAGAAAUUAUUUCAUGUCUAAAUUAUAAUUACCUAUCAAUUGAAAAUAAUGAAGAAAUUUGGUAUAAAUCUUCUAAAAUGGGUGCGAAUAAAUUAAAAAUAAUAUUACAACAAAUAGUUAUUAAUAUAGGUAUAAAUUUUGAUAGUAACCAAAAAAUUACAAAUUACAAUGUCUGUUGUACAGCUAUAAUGAUAUUAAAAGCUUCUGAUAUUCCAGAAGAUGAAGUUAUGAUAUUUUCAGGAUACCAUUCUCAAGAAGCUAUUCAAUCUUACAGUAGUCUAACAGAAGAUCAACAUUUGUCAUCUAUAGCAUUAUUAAUUCUUUAUACAGCUUAUAAUGAAGAUUUCAAAUCUUAUUAUACUUUUUCUGGUGAUUCAUAUAAUUAUAUUAAUUAUAAAUUAGAUAAAAAUGAAGGUACUAUUGUAUUGUUGUAA